GGCUCCAGUGCCCAGGCUGGAAGCUCAAGCACGAGCAGCUCGUGCACCUGGAGCACGACCAGCUCGUCUGGCAGCAGAGAGCAGCAGCGAGAGAGGACAGAGGACAAGUGCCUGGCCAUGCUGAAGAUGCUGGUGAGCGAGGGAGAUCCUGAGGCUAAAUACACAGAACUGGAAACUCUUGGCAAAGGGGGUUUCGGCACUGUGUGCAUGGCAGUGGAGACUGCCACAGGAGAAGAGGUGGCCAUCAAGAAAAUUAGUCUCCUGCAAGAGAGCAGCAGCGAGCUGUGCCUGAAUGAAAUCCAGGUCAUGCGUGGCAGUAAGAAUGCCAACCUUGUGAACUAUGUAGACAGCUACCUGGUGGAUGAGGAACUCUGGCUGGUGAUGGAAUACAUGGACGGAGGUUCUUUACAUGAUGUCAUCAGGGAGACUCGCAUGGCAGAAGGAGAGAUAGCAGCUGUCUCUCGGGAGUGCCUGCAAGGCCUGGAUUUCCUGCACUCCAAGCAAGUGAUCCACCGAGAUAUCAAAAGCCACAACAUUCUCCUGGGCUUGGAUGGAUCAGUCAAGUUGGCUGAUUUUGGCCUUGCUGCUCAGCUCACCACCGAGCAGAACAAACGGAGAUCAGCUGUUGGAACAACUUACUGGAUGGCGCCAGAAAUUUUCACCAGGAAGCCCUAUGGCCCCAAAGUGGACAUCUGGUCCUUUGGCAUCGUGGGGAUCGAGAUGGUGGACGGAGCGCCUCCGUACCUGAUGAAAACCUUCCGCACGGUUCAACAGCUGAUAAGCACCGGGGCCCCCCCGAAGCUGCAGAAGCCCAGGCAGCAGUCGGCGUGGCUGCGAGACUUUCUGCACUGCUGCCUGGAGAGGGACGAGGACAGGCGCUGGUCUGCCCAGGAACUUCUGCAGCAUCCAUUUGUAACAUCAGCCAAGCCAGCCUCCUCCCUGACGCCUCUGAUCAUGGCCACGCAGGAGUUCAUGGCCGACAGGAGAUACUAGCCCUGGAGGAGGCCUUUGUUGUUGUUUGUUGUUUGAAGUUUGUAGUUUGUAGUUUAUAGCUCGUAGUUUGUAGUUUGUUAUGAGUGAUAGUCAGAAUAAAUACUAUAAUAAAUA